GCUGGGACUUGUAGUUCGCAGCCCUGGAGUCGCUGCUGCAGCGUUUCCUGGAGGGUGGUCACCAAAACAAACCCUCCUGCACCGGCUGCUGCUCUUCGGCCGUCAUCAGAAAUCAUCGAGAUAUCAGCAUUUUCCACAAACUGAGUGUGAGACAAAAGGGUUCCCGCCCUAUGCUAAAGCUGUAUAAGGCAGGAAGUGACAUCUGUGGUUCUUUACUCCUCACACAACUGGAAAUACAGGAGGAACAAAGACUGAAUGGGGGAAGUGAUGGGCCCUGGCUAAAGGGAUUUCUGUCCUGUGUGUGAAAGACGGAAGGAUUCCAAAUUGUAGAGUGCUGCUGGUCCCUUAAGAAUUUACAAACCUGCUUUUACCAUCUCUCCAGGUACCUCAGCCUUGAAGGGAUCCUUUUCAUUUAGAACUUGUGUCUUCUCCUAGGUAAUUGAUCACUGCUCAGCCAAGGCGCCCGAUUCACAGCAGAGUGGGAGCAGGCAUUAUGAAUAAUCAAAAACUUGUUGAUACGCUGCUUCAGGAGUGCAAGCAAGCCCUGGAUGUGCUUGCACUCAACAUGUCUGAGGCAUCUGAGGAAGACAAGAGAGAGUACCAGCAGUGCAAAGCUUCCCUCCCUGAUGAUCUAAGGACCCUUAUUGAAGAGGCAAAGGAAAUGAAGUGGCCCUUCGUGCCAGAGAAAUGGCAAUACAAACAAGCCAUAGACCCAGAAGACAAAACAAACCUGCAAGAUAUGAUCAGUGGAAGGCUGCAUGAAUUACUGGUGUAUUUGAAAGCCUCCAUCAUGGUCAAAGACUUUGGAACAGCAGCUGCUAUUGUGUUCCUGAUUGACCGAUUCUUAUAUUGGGUGGAUGCAUCCAGCAAACUUCUUCAGAUUGCCAAAGGCCUGCACAAGUUGCAGCCAGCCACGCCAAUCGCCCCUCAGGUGGUUAUUCGCCUAGCUCGUAUCUCUGUAAAUUCAGGAAAACUUUUAAAAGCUGAGUAUAUCCUAAGCAGAAUUAUAAAUGACAAUGGAGCAACAGGCGUGUGGUUGUAUGACAAGGAAAGUGAUCGAAUUCUUGUUCAGUCAGUCUGUAUACAGAUCAGAGGACAGAUUCUGCAAAAGCUUGGAAUGUGGAAUGGGGCAGCGGAACUGAUUUGGGCUUCAAUUGUGGGCUAUUUCCAACUCCCUCAGCCAGAUAAAAAGGGAAUUGCUACAUCAUUGGAUAUUUUGGCUGAUAUCUUUGUUUCCAUGAGUGAGGAAGAUUAUAACAGUUUUAAAAACAACUCUCAAGUUGACCUGAGCCUUCUCCAGGAGUUUGAUCAUCGCUUACUGUCAGCUGCUGAAGCCUGCAAGCUGGCAGCUGCCUUCAGCCAGUACACUCCACUUUUUGUGCUCACAGCGGUGAACAUCCGUGGCACCUGCUUGUUGUCCUACAGUUACUCCAAAGAAUGUCCUCCAGAGAAGAGAAAGUUCUAUUUGUCUGAAGCUAAGGAAUCCUUUGAAAUUGGUCUCCUCACUAAGAAUGAAAAUGACCCUGUCACUAGCAGGCAGGAGCUUCAUAGUUUCAUUAAAGCAGCUUUCUGCCUUACAACUGUUCAUCUGCAACUCUAUGGGGAAAGUGAGAGACUCUGUGAGGUGAGACAGCUGUGUUGCGAAGCUUUGGAGAAACUGUACAUUUACAGUACUUCACCAUUUACAGAAGAUCAAGACAAAGGAACACUUGCCAAGGAGAUCAUGUGUUUGAUUGCAUCUGUCAAGGAGCAUUUAGAAGUACAAAGCUUCCCUAAUUCAGAUGCAAGGUCUUAUGUUCCUGACAGCUACAAAGGUGGAGUGGAAAAGCCUAUCUUGCAUGGUGAAGUGAAUUUUGAGAAAAUCCUUGAAGUACAUUCCCAGCAUCACAGGUCAGUGAGUGAAGAGGUUGGAAGUACUUGCAGGAGCCAUGAAACCAGGCACAGAGAAGGCAAUAUGGGAGCUUGCAUCACUGCCUUAAAAACUGAAACUAAAAAUGUAGACACCGAAGAAAAAUUGUGCGGUGGUAAGGGCAUUGCCAAAAUCUCCGCUUCACAAAAAGCAAGAAGAAACUGCAAGAGACUCGGUAGCCAGAAAAGAAGGAAAUGGAUUCGUUCUAAUGUAAUGAAUAUCUCCCUUGAAGAAGAAACGGAGAGCAAGCCAUUAGACCAAGUUACAAAUGAUGAAGAUGGCCGAAGCAGGAGUCAAACCUCAAGCUCUUUGAAAUCUUGGAGCAAAUUGUCGAAAUCAAGCUCCUCUGCUAGCUGGGAGGAACUAGAUUGUAACACUAGCAAUAAGCUGCCCAGAGAUUGGCCACAAAGGGAAAAGGGCUCAGUGGACGAGCAGUGUUGCACAGCCUCAGUUGAAUUUACAGAGGAAAAUGUUCAGGUUGGUAGCCUGCACUCAUUGUCCUUCAAAACUCAUCAUCUCGCUCUUCAAGAGUCACAAGAUGGCUGUUCAGGUCCCUCUCAGCAUUCAUUAAAGAAUGAUGUACUCUUUGCUAAUAGACUGGCAGAUACGGUCUCAGCUUCCAGGGAAGGGCUCUCGCAGGAGACAGAACCUGAAAGGGAUGCCUCAAAACAGAAAGCAGGGGAAGCCAAUAAUACAGAGUCCAAGAACAAUGCUGUUCCCUUUAUAGACUUACAGGGUCCCCAUUCUUCUGGUCCCAACAGAUCUGAGAGGGAGACGAUUUCCUCUUCCUUGGCAGAAUUAGAAUCCUUUGAAAUGGUUGAGUCCAGAACCAAGGACAGCAGUAGAGACCUCAGUGUUAAUCACAGCCCUACUCAAUGCAGCCUAGUGGAAGGAAAUGUAAUAGAUGCUGAAAGGUAUAAAAGUGAAACAGACCCAUUAUCUAGAAAUAAUUUUGUAUGGAUUGACCCAGAAGGAGAUACUGUAGACAGUACAGAAGAUCUAUCAGUUGAACCCCACAAGCCUACUGUGGCUGCUACUACAUAUGUAAGCAACAAGCCAACAAUAGCCAAUGAUUCCUUUGUAUAUAACUGGAUUAAUAAAUCAUCUUCUGAAAUGGCUGGAAAUGGGUCUUUUGAAAUGCCUGACAUUGACACACAGGCAGAUACAGAAGAUGGAUGGGAGAUUGCCUUUAGCAAUAGAGGGAGCUCAGGAAACAACUCACUGGCCAUGAAUGUUCCAAGACCUGAACUUAACCCAUCAGGGGUGAAGAUGCCAGAAGAUGAUGGCUUGAAUGACUGCACUACCACUGAGGAAGAUGAAGCGGAAAAGUCCAGGAACUUUUGGAAUAGCAGCCACAGCUCAAGCUCCUCUCUGAAAUCCUGGUACAAAUCAUCUCAUUUUUCUAGCAGUUUCUCUGAACUAGAGAGUCCUUCAUUUCUGAACUCCAGUGGGAGCUCAUUUGUCUUUGUGCCUGGGAGAACCAAAGAACAAAUCCUGAAAACCCGCCUUUUAGAGGAUAAUGACUAUGAGAAGCUCCUGUCAGGUGUUGAGCAUAACUGGCUAGUGCAGAGACUGGAGACUACUGGAUUGUUUAAGACUAGACAACUCCAUAAAGCAUAUUCUGCUCUUCUUCUGAAAUACUCCAAGAUAUCUGGGCUGUGGACAGGCCAGGAAACAGCUGUAUAUAUUGGAGACUACCUGAGCGUGGCAAAGGAAGGCAAACAAAGGAAUGCGUUUUGGAUACACUUUCUGCAUCAAGAAGAAACUCUGGGAAGGUAUGUUGGGAAACAGUAUAAAGAAGAAAAGGGGCUUCUUCACCAUUUCAGUGAUGUGGAGCGACAAAUGACUGCUCAGUACUACGUGACGGAAUUCAACAAAAGGCUGUAUGAGCAGAAGAUCCCAACACAAAUCUUUUACAUCCCCUCUGCAGUACUCCUGAUCUUAGAAGACAAAUCUAUCAAAGGAUGUGUGAGUGUGGAGCCCUAUAUUCUGGGAGAGUUUGUGAAGCUAUCUAAUAACACAAAAGUGGUGAAGACAGAGUACAAAGCCACUGAGUAUGGCUUGGCCUUUGGCCACUUCUCCUAUGAGUUUUCCCAUGGCACAGAGGUGGUUGUCGAUUUGCAAGGUUGGGUGACAGGCAAUGGAAAAGGCCUCAUCUACCUCACAGACCCCCAAAUUCAUUCUCUUAAUGGGAAAGAUGUUUCACACACCACCAACUUUGGGGAGAAAGGAAUUUAUUACUUCUUCAAUAAUCAACAUAUUGAGUGCAAUGAAAUCUGCCAUUGUCUUUCUUUAAAGAGGCCUUCAGUAGCAGAACCUAACUAGCCUUGUGAAAAAACAGCCUGACAGGCUCUGACGUGGGACCUGAUCCUUUGAACAUUUAUGCAUAUAAAUAACUCUGCUUGUGAGAACAGAGCCAUGAAAGUAAAAUUUGUUCUAUUCCUAAGUGCUGGGAGUAUCUGGGUCAUAGUUCCAGGUUGGUAGCAUCCUGUUACUGAACACAACUUGUUGUGAAAAUUAACAGAACCAAAUAAAAAAAUAUUCAAGGAACACAUGAUACAACAAAUCCACAAGAGUCAGGAAAAUUAAAGUAACCCACUUACCUUCUGGGAGUGGUGUACUGUCCAAUGCAGUGGUACUUAGACCACUUACAAAGAGAAAGCAUGACUUGGCUCUACGGCCUUAGCUGAGAGCCAGGUUGACUUUUUAGCUCAAGCUGUAGAGGCUCAUGCACUAAGCUCCAGAUGUCCCAAGUUUGGUUCCACCUGUCAGCCUUAGACUAACACUAGAACUUUGUCCUUAUAAUGAUCAGUCUUGUUGAGAAAUCAUAGCACCAGAAGGAGACAAGAUAGUACGACCUUUACUCAGAGCUUAACUUCACUAUGGGUUUUGGCUGAAAGAGGACAAUGGCAUUUGCAACCCCAGCUGCUAUUAGGAGAUAUUGUUCUAAAGAAGAGAAUUUGGUAUCAUUAUUUCAGGUAUUUGGGUGUACAUGUAUUUAUGAUUUUUGGAGACUUUUUUCCUGUGUGAACAUGCUGUGUUACUGAAACAAAAAAUGAUAAAAAGUAGCUUCUUUCUCUCAGACCUGAGUGUGUAAUUUCUUACUUGUGUUGUAAGAUGGCACUUUUGACUCUGCUAGCCACAGAGCAAACCUUGCAGUCCUUAUACGGGCAAAACUGGAGUUGAAACUUAAGGGUGGCUGGACUUGCUCACAUCUGUGUUAAUGUGCCCCCAGGAGACUUUCCUACCAGCCUGGCAGUUCUCUCUUAAAAACAAAACAAACCUCCCAUGGCUGCUGCUAAUGGAACUGUGACUGCUCUUACAACCCUUAGGGCACAUCACUACGCAGAAGACUAAUGCUGCCACAAUCUAUCUUCCAGGGUUCGAUUUAGGGGGUCUAGCACAGACCCGAUUAAUCGAACUCGGAGCCUUUGUUGGCACCAGUACUCUUACUCCUCGUGAGGAGUAAGAGAAGCUGAUGGGAGCGUUUGUUUCUGUUAGCCUCCCGCUGUGUAGACAGUGUGGAAACUCAAUUUAAGAUUCAUCAACUCCAGCUACGUAAUUAUUGAGGUAUAGUUUAUAUUGGAAAUUAUUUAAAAAACAGUUGAAGUCUGUUUUAGGGGUUUCUGCUGUUACCAUAAAUUAUGUGAUUGAAGCAAAAAUGUCUGGUGAUGUUCUAGGGUUCAGGGGAUAUAAUUUCAACACAGUGUCACUUAUCCUGCUGUGCUGUCUCUGGAAAAUACUUAAUUUCAUUCAUCCCGUACUCCAAAGACAUUUCUUAGAGUUUUUACAUGUUUGCUGGUUGUGCUGGGACCAUGUUUUAGUAUUGCGUGUACAUGCAGCUGCUGCUUUGAACAUUUCCUCUUUAUUUCAUUUGUUUUUCUCUGCACUUUUGUUAUUGUUCAGGGUUCUAUAAUAUACUCCCAGAACCCCUGAUUUUUAACACUCCACACGGUCUUUGAACAUCCUGUGGUAUGCGUGCUGUCCGCAGGCUCCCAUAGUGCUUACCCUGGGUAGAGGCAGCUGCUGCUUUUUCCUCCUUAUGAAGCAAUCUUUUGUGUUUUUAGACCAAAGCUUGUGAUUCAUGGACGUGACCUUAGUGGACUGUUGUGAGCUACCACCUGGAGAAUUGGAAAGUAGCAAAUGUAGUUAUGCCAUUCCCUUUUUUAGAAUCUCACUGGGGAUGUAUUCAAGGGGCCGAGAAUGUCAGACUGUAUCUUCAUUAGAUUUCUGAUAGGGUUGUCUUCACUGCUGCAGAUAGCUUGAGUUAGUACACAGUCAAGUUACUGGUUACUGCUAGCCUUCAGAACAACACUAGAGUUACACCAGAGCAAUUGGAUCAGCAGCACAGACUGAUGAGUAGUUGUAGCUUGAGCUGUUACAUCCCCAAUGUGUAUCUAGCAGCCCUCUCUCCCCUGGGGUAUUUCUCCAUUGCCUUUGGGAGAAAGAUUUCCAGCCCAAUCAGCCAGACUCAGUCUAUCUCUGCAGGAGCAAGUAUGCUAAAAAUAGUAGCAUGGAUGUGUCAGCACGCUCUAGCUGUCAGAAUCCAAGCCUGCAUGACUCCCUGGGUCUGAGCUCAACAUCCACGCUGCUAUUUUUGGCCUGGGAACCUGACCUGAGUUAUCAUGCGUCGGUCAACCUGUGAUAAGUCAUACCCUCCAAGCUGUAGUGUAGUGUUUCCUGUAAGCGGAGAGAUUCAAAUGCCACCCAGCUGCUUAGCAGAGUGCACACAGCCUCCCACAGCCAGCAGCACAUGGUUUUAUUGGUGAUGCACAUCUACACACGUCUUGGUGCACAUAAUAAAAUUUAUUCUGCACACAGAUGGAAAAAAAUAGAGGGACCAUUAGUAGACAUUAUCUGACAGGCCAGCUGGCUUAAGUUUAAAAUUCAGUUAAAGCUAGAGAUUUCUCUGUGUAUGCAGGAAUUGAGUCCAUAUUAACAGUCAGAUUAUAACUUGAGCUAACGGUGCUGCGAAGACUCACAGUGCUACUUUGCUGCUAAUGCAAACACUUUGUGACCUCAUCAAAAGCACUACAAACCUCUGCCUGUGAAACAGGCAGACAGAAAAGGUUCUGCUACAGCCAGAGCAUUGUCCAAACUUUUUUGAGAGCUGUAUGGUGUAGUGGUUGGAAUGCAGGAUUCAGACACAUUUGAGGUUUUUUCCUGGUUCUUCCACUGACUUGCUGUAUGGCUUUUCUCAAAUAAAUGUACCUUUCUCCUACCACACAGAUUUGGUGAGGAUUAAUUUGUUGCUGUUUGUAUAGCACUUUGAAAAUGCCAGUGCAUUGUCUAAUAAAUGCUAAGUAUUUUCGUCUUAACUGUACCUGUGAACCAAUUGAGGGCCUUCAUCCUGCAAAAGAUUCUAUGAAGUUUGACCCUGUUUCUAUGCAUAACCUCGUCAACUUUUGUGGGGCUUUGUGCAGGUUUGGAGUAGGAGGGUUCACCCACGUGGAACCACCUCUUGGAUUUGGGCCAACAUUUGUCACUUCUCAGGGAGCUGCUCCACCAGCUAAAAUAAAACACCUCUGACUUUACAAAG